AUGCACGAAGUCCCGUGCCCAGGACGACGAAACAACUCGGCAAAGUACCGGGGCAGAUGCGUCUUCCUGGAGCUAUUGGAUUGCUACGCAGUUCCAUUCGACCUCCGACAAACGGAGCGGGCGAUCUGGGCGCUCAAAACGACCCCAAUAGGGGGCUCCGACGCUGUUUCUGCUGAGAACACCCGCAUGAAGAGCGUCUGUGCCACAAGUGUACGCGAGGGAAAGCCGAUGCAAGUCGUCGCACGCGCCGUAGUUCGAAAAUACGUGGAGCAGGACCGCAUCGUUUUCAUCUCGCGGAUGCUGGUGGAGCCGAUCCAGGAGCUUUUCGCCGUUGCCUUCAGGGAGACGACGCGGCUGGUGCUGAAGCGCGGCAAACCUUCCGCCACAGGGCCCACGACAGUGGUGCAGACUCACUGCCGAGCUAUGGACCACGAAACACUGAGUCGAGGACAAGCCCAGUGUGGAUUCGCGAGCUGGAAGAAGACCCCGUACUACGACAGCGGAGUGCGCGCGUGGGGGAACUCCAUCGCUGACUUCAACCAAAGAGUCGAGGACAUGCUGGUGCGCGAGUCCAUUCUGCCUCGUGUGAACGGGUCGUGGUAG